CUUCCACUCCCAGCCCCUCCCCUCCCCUCGACCAUCCCUCUUCUCCACCCUGUGCUUAGACAUCUUAGAGAAUAGGUUUCUGCCUCGCACAGCCCUGGUGACAGCAGGAGAGAGACGGAGCUGCAGAGAGCGAAGGAAGAAGCAACGCACUCAUAGGCACUCGCCUGCGCACACAGACAUAACAGGCACAGAGGACUGGGGGACAGCUACCUACUGUGCUACAGGAGAUAGGAUCCGAGGCUGGAGAAGUGGUUUCUGUGGCUUGGCUUGGGGUCUCUCUGGCGGCUGUUGGAGAGCUGGACUGAUUAGAAUGGGAUGAAAAGCAGGACUUGCCAUUCAGACCGAGAUCCUUGCUGUUGAAAAGAUUUUGGGCAUACGUCAGACCAAAAUGCAACAGUGCAAAACAAACAACAACCCAACAGGCGACCGAGCCAAGCCGAAAACCGCGGCUGCCGAGCGUCCAGCCUCCUCCUCCCUGAGCCAUGCUCGUAGGCUGCAGAUUUAUCACCGACCUGUUCCUGCCAAAGAACCGGAGCUGCUCUUUUAAUUUCCCCCCUUCUUCCUGCUGUGAAUUUCUUGGCUCGUGCGAGGGAGUCCGCCUGGCAAACAUUUCUCUGCUAGUUUGACAGGAGCCGACAUCCUUGGCGCAGAAAUUCUGAGCACGUGAAGGAACGAGGCAUGCCCGUGGCUGGGACUUGUGGAAGACCGAGGCUCCCUCGGAGAUUGGCUCUGUGAGGCCAGAGGUCAAGGGGGGAUCAUGGGAGGGAAGCAGGUCAAAUGCCUCGCAUCGCCCAGCCCUGUGAACAGUGCAAGGAGCGAGUCCAGUAUAACACACUCAGAGGAGAAGGCUGGAUUUGACAUUGUUCGUGAAGAGGAAGCAGAUACCAGAACAGAAGAGACGUGCUCUCCUUUUCCCGUAGAGUUGCAGCAGGCCAGGUGUCCUGCCACAGGCUUGGAGACUGCAUGGGAGGAGCAGCUCCUGGAGCAGCAAGAUCACUUGGAAAAGGAGAUGGAAGAAGCAAAGAAGAUGAUUUCAGGACUGCAGGCCUUGCUGCUCAAUGGGUCGUUACCUGAGGAUGAGCAGGAAAGACUGUUUGUCCUUUGCGAACAAGAUGCCUGCCCUGAAGAGCAGCUGAUCAUAGUCCGAAGCCGUCUGGAUCAGAGCAUGGAGGAGAAUCAAGAGCUGAAGAAAGAGUUGCAGAGGCACAAGCAAGAAGCAAGAAGCCUGCAAGGGGUAAAGGAUGCCUUGCAGCAGCGGUUGGCCCAACAGGAUGCUCUGAUUCUUCAGAUAAAGCAAGAGCUGCUUAGAGCAAACAUGGACAAGGAGGAACUGCAUAGCCAAAAUGCUGAUCUACAGAGGAAAGUGGAAGAGCGGAAUCGACUUCUCGCUGAAUACAAAAAGGAGCUGAGCCAGAAGGAUCGGCACUUGCACCAGCACCAGGCCAAGAUGGAGGAGAUGCUGCGGCAGCUCUCCGAGGCCAGCUAUCACCAGGCGGAGCUGGAGCGAGAGCUGGAGCACAAAGAAGCUCUGUUGGCUCAGUGUAUGAAGAAGGAUGCAGAAGAGGUGAUAGUCUACAGCAAUCACGGCUCUCAGAGCAACGGCUUCCUGCAGACGUCAGGAAAAGGAGCUGCUUCCACAGCACACAGAGGGACCAACGACCUGCAGCUGGUGCGCGAGGCCCUGCGCAGCUUGCGGAACAGCUUCAGCGGCCACGACCCCCAGCACCACACCAUCGACAGCCUGGAGCAGGGCAUCUCCAGCCUGAUGGAGAGGCUGCACCGCAUGGAGAUGCAGAAGAGGCAAGAGAGGAGGAUCCAAGGAAAAUCACCUGCCGGCCACGCCACGAACGAGUACCGAGAGCCCUGGCCCUCCAAGUCCAAACUGCCUCAUUCUCACAGCACCCCUGCAAUGAGCAGCAGUGCCUGCACCAAAGUGCUCUACUUCACGGAUCGCUCCCUCACACCUUUCAUGGUGAACAUACCAAAGAGGUUAGGUGAGGUGACUCUAAGGGACUUCAAAGCAGCUAUUGAUCGGGAAGGAACACAUCGCUACCACUUCAAAGCCCUAGAUCCAGAAUUUGGCACAGUAAAAGAGGAGGUUUUCCAUGACGACGACAUCAUCCCUGGGUGGGAGGGAAAGAUUGUGGCAUGGGUGGAAGAGGACCAUGGGGAGAACUAAUCAGAGACCACCCGAACUCUCUUUCCUGGGCGACCCCACCACUGGUCUGCUGCACUUCCCAGAUACCGACCAAAAAGUGUGUGAACUGAGAUGCAUCUGUCUCGAAACUGCCAAAAGGAAGGAACGGACUUCUCUGCAAAAUGACGGGUAUAACGUUUUGCCACAAGCGAAGAGGAUGUAUGGCACUUGAGUUCCAUGGCCAAAUGUUGCGUUGUUUGAAAGUCCCAUGGUGUGGGGAGUGGCCCUCCUCUCUUUUUCAGUCAUUGUCAGCCUUAACGGUGUGUUGUCCCUGCUUCCCCUUCCCCCUGCUGUCAGAGAAUCCAGAGCAUUUUCAUUGGGAGACGUACAGUAUUACAAGGAACCUUGCACUUAAUGACGGAAACUUAGAAACUGUCCUCUGGAGGCAGGCAGCGCUGUCGCAGCUACAUUCUCCGUAUUGAAAGCUCUCGCCAGCCAAUCAUUCCAAAUGACUCUGUGCCAGACAGACAGCAUCGGGAGCCAACAAGACUUUCUUGAGAGAAAGAAGUGGGUUGGAUUGUGGUUCAGAUCAUGAGUUGGCAGCAUCAGAGCGGGGUUGGGGUGUCGGCUUCUGCUCUUCUUGUUUCGUUCUCCUAUCCUGGAACUCUUGAGGGACAUGAAACGAUAGUUGGAUUGCUUUGGGGGGGGUAUGGGUGAGGAGGGUUCUUUGCCCUUUCCUUCAACUGCCUUGUCACCCUCUUGCUUUCGUUUUGGCAGAGGAGGCCACAGAAGGGUCCACGUCUUUGUUUCUCCAGGGAUCAAGUGGCAGAAGAGAGUCCAGUCCAUGCAUUUGUUCUCUUAAACUCCAGUCCAAACAGUAGGAGAAUGUAAUGUGGGUCCCUCGGAAAGGGGGCUUCUCUGUCCUCUUCCACAACUCAAGAAUUCGUGACUCUGCUUUUCUCCCAUCACCAUCUGAGUUCUUUUCCAAUCAGCCUGUGCUGAGACUCAUGUGGGACUGGGAUCCCGCUUUGCUGUUUCAAUGCUAUUUAUUUUAAGUGGUUGGACAGUGGAAUGCACGUUGAACUGUUUCAUGUGAGUCUCAUUGCAAGUUUUCUAGUGAGAGUGUGUGACUUGUGUGAAAUCACCUUCAGGAAAGCCGAAAGGGAGCAAGGCGUCAGGCACAUAACCUCUCUGGUCCCCUGGUUUAAAACGGUUGCAUACAAUCGCCCCUCCUUGUGGUGGCUGUCUUUUUCCUCUACUGUCCCUUCCCUUUGAUUAAGGCAGGGUCAACUGGCUUGUUUGCCUCAAGCAGAAUCUGCAGUUUUGCCCAGCGCCGCUCAGACCACUCUUCAAAUGUGGCGUGCAAAACGGGUGGUGUGUGCUUGCGGAGAACAAGUUACCCAGUUCUCUGAGCCACAGCAGGCACCAUGAGCUGCAUGAACUGGCUCUCAAGCAUAACACACACACUUUUCAUAGCAUAAUAAAGCUUGGACAGAAAUUGUAGCCGUUGAGGUCAGUGGAGUUUAAAUAAGUAGGUUUAAGUAAGUGUCUUUGGGGCACACCUACACAUCAUUUUGGGACACAUCCACUUGCUGCUUACAUCUGUUCUCCACAUGCCAAAUUUGGUCUCCUGGUAGUCCAGCCGGCAAUCAGUACUGCUUCAUGUAACAUGAUACUUUUUAGCUUUUCUUGGAUAUGGACUUUCUGUGUUUCCAGCAAUGCUCUAAAACGCAGAACUGGGGAGUGCAGGGGGUGCCUCUUGGUAAGUGAACCCAUGGCAUCACUGAACUGAAAAGCAGAUGGUGAGUGGCAAAAUCAGGAAUAUCGCUCCAGCUACCAGAGAUUGCUGCCUCCACCAGCCCAACUCCAUGUGUCUGCAUCUCGUCUUCCAUCCAGCACAGUCCUGUGCGUUGAAGGUGGUUGCAAGCCUGCAUGUCUCUGGUGCCUGCACCAGCACUCUGAAUGAACGUGUCUGUAUGUCAGCCUGUUUCGUGUCCUUUUUCAUGUGAGGCUGGACAUUUGAAGGAAAACUUGGCUUUUAUCAUUUUAUAGAUUUUAAAACAUGUCCUUUUUGUAAACUUGUUCCUGUUUUUUGGAAUUAUUUUGUAUCCAUUUGCAUUGCUGUUGUUCAAGGAUGGUGUAUAUUUUUAUACCGGUGCAAGUAUUAUUCCCCUCUGUAUAUUUCUGCACACAUGCUGAGCUGUAUUUUACCCAUUUUUCUAGAGGACGCUAGCAGGUUUUAUACAGCAUCCUGUUAAUGCCACCACCCCAAGUGGCUCCCAUUACUAGGUUUACUUUACUACGAAGGUAUUACAGAUUCCUAAUGGUUUUAUAUUUUGCCAGCUCUUUUCUUGUACUGAUGGUGUUUUCUGUGUUGUUGGUCUUCCCGAUGCCCUCAGUGUACAGAAAGUGCAGUAGUGCCUUUCUAAAUCCUGCCCUCAUUAGAAUCCGUGUCUGCUGUUAGCAAUUCAGAGUGCAAUCCUUGUUGUCCUUCAGAACAGCGACUACCAAGCUGGCUUUGGGAGGUGAGAGCUUAUUACUAAAUGGGAAGAAACAGGGUUCCUCACCCCUGAUAAAGGCAAACUUCCUUCUCCUCAUGGAAUUACUGUUUUUUCUGUUGCAUGAAUUUUAGUAGAUUGCGAAAAGGCAGCAUGGAAUUAUAUUUACUAAACAAAGAGACAGAGAAGAAUUGUCCAGUGGUUUGUUUCCCCCCCAGGAAGAGUUAUGCUUUUAAGCUCAAACUUGUACUCACUUCUCAUCAACUUAACUUCAGUUUAAUUGAACCAGUUCUUCCUUUUCAGACAGGCUUCUUGGCAGAAAUGUGGUUGUGGUGGUGAGAGGGAGCAAAGAAUACCCUGGUUUAGGGGGUCACCUCAGGAAAGACUUAAGGACUCUGGUUGGCUGCAGUCCUAGAUACUAUUGGGCUGUUUUAAUACUGUGAACCCCAGUGGGAUUUAGUUAUCCAAAGUGGGUGCAGGGUUUCAGCCUCAGUCUUGUAGCAUUAAGGUUGAAGUUGUCGCUUGCAUUUUCCUAAGACUAUCGCCACUCUUUCAUAUCAGUGUUGUCCUCUUUCUACAAAACACCUAGUUUCACUUUGCUUCUGCAGUUACACCAAAGGUGUAUCUACAUGGCUGAGGCUGAUGUAAAACUGCCUUAGGUGCCGUUACACUCUAACCACCAGCGAACCACAGGAAAGUAUAUAGGCAUCUCUUCACUAUCUGAACUACAGUUCCCUUGAGUCUUUGGGGGUAAGCAGCAAUAUAUUGCUUAAAUCGUAUGAAAGUUUGUCAUGUAGAUAUGCUCCACAUUUACCAUCCCCUCAUAAGGAUGAGGAACAUUGGGGAGGUAACAAAAUAGGCCUGAAAUAAAAUUAAUCAUUCAUGGAAUCGUGGGGGCAAUUGUAUUUCCUAACUGGGUGCCUCUCAGUAUUUUGGACUACAGCUUCUGUGGCUAAUGGGAGCUGUAGUCAGGAACAUCAAGUUAGGAAAGGCUGUAUUUGAGACUGAAAAGUAGGGAGAAGUCCUUGGUUUUUCUCCUCAACAUAAUCUAUGCCUGAUUUUUACACAAACUCGAGAGAUGUUCUGCUUCCUUUUGAAAUCCCUCUUUUGAGUUCAUACCCUUGCAGCAUGUCCCAUGCAAGCUAUGUAUAAAAUGCUCUAUAUAUAUUUUGUAUAGAAAUUCUGACGUCUGCAGUCAUUACUAUUACAAGGGGGGUUGCUCUCACAGCCUCCUCCCUGCACAUUGCUGGCCAAGAGAGACCUGAAGCUUGUUUGUGUGCUGCAACAGUUAAACAUACUUUGGAUUUGUGGACCGAGACUUUAAAGAAAAAAAUAACCUCCAAUAAAGAGAGUUUGCAAACCCA